UAGAGAGUUGAAGUCGAGGCGGCGCGCAGCCGGCCUGAGGACUGAAGCUGCAGCUGCUCUGCGGCGAUCGUCGGUCGCGGGUCGGGCGUGCAGGUCUGGGCUGCCCUGCUCCGUGCCACCGCGCUCGCGCUGAAGCCGGCCGACCCCGGCACCGCCUGCGGCCUACGGAUGCGCGCUCAUCUCGCCGCCGCCGCUCCCCGGGAGGCUCGACGCGAGCGCUGUUUCCGACGGGGCAGCGCUUCUCCCGGGCGGGCUCACCGCGAGGCCCCUCCGUAGCAGGCAGUCCUGGAGCCAUCUGUGUGUCAGGAAGUGACCUUCAGAGAUGUGGCCGUGUACUUCUGCAGGGAAGAAUGGGAGUGUCUCAGCCCUGGCCAGAGAACCCUCUACCGGGACGUGAUGCUAGAAAUCUUCAGGAACUUCCUUGAACUGGGAUACUGCGGCCCUAGACCAGACCUCAUUUCUCACCUGGAACAGUGGGAUGAACCAUGGGUUGAAGAUCAGGACAGACCUGAGUUUCUAGAAGCAGGAAAAGGUGUCUGCCCAGGAGGCAGAAAGUCCAUAGAUCAUAAGAGACCUCAUGAUCUGGCUUCGGCUCAGGAGAGGGCCCUUCCUCGGACAGGAGCCAAGAGAGGGGCUACCUUGAAGAAGAGUGUCCUGACAUCGGGUAAGGUGCACCUUCCCAGAGCCACCUCUGGGAAGAAAAUGGACAAACAGGAAGCUUUCCAGAAUCAGCUGUGUGGGAAACCCUGCAGGAAGCAGCUAGGCCUCAAGGAGCAGUGCAGGAGUGGCGCAGAGGGCCAUCCCUUCAUCUGUGGCACCUGUGGGAAGGCACUGAGCUGCCACAGCCGCCUGGCUGCUCACCAGACAGUGCACACUGGAACCAGGUCCUUUGAGUGCUUUGAGUGCGGCCAGACAUUCCGCUGGGUCUCAAACCUUCUGCGCCACCAGAGGAACCACACAAGUGAAAAGCCCUUCUGCUGUGAGGUAUGUGGACAGGCCUUCAGCUUGAAGGACCGCCUGGCACAGCAUCGCAAAAUCCACACGGAACACCGUCCAUAUGUGUGCAGUGACUGUGGGAAGGCCUUCAAACAGAAGUCAAACCUCCUCCGGCACAAGCUUGUUCACACUGGAGAGAGGCCAUUCUACUGUGACAGCUGUGGGAAAGCCUUUCGUACCAAAGAGAACCUCAGCCACCACCAGCGGAUUCACAGUGGAGAGAAACCCUAUACCUGUGGCCAGUGUGGGAAGGCCUUCAGGUGGCCCAAGGGCUUCAGCAUCCACCAGAGGCUGCACUUGACAAAGAGAUUCUAUGAGUGCGAGCACUGUGGGAAGGGCUUCCGCCACCUGGGCUUUUUCACUCGGCAUCAGAGGACUCACGGGCGUGGGGAAGUGUAGACGUGCCUCAUCUGGGCCGCGGAAGAACCGCGGCAGGUGCUCCCAAGCCUAGAAGCCAUGUGGUCCUUGAAUGAACUGUUUGUAGCUUCCGAGUCUGGAGGCUCUGCCAGGACAUUAGCACAGGGAAGGGGACUUGAAGUAUGCAGGCAGGGUGGGCAGCAGCUGUCCCUAGUGUCACUUGUGCGCACUUUACACUUCACCAUGUCUCCUGUCUGUGGGAGGGAGGCUUGAGGGUUGGGCAGAAGUAAAGCUCACGCUUAGAGCUGGCAAGAUGGCCCAGUGGGUAAAGGCACUUGCUGCAAAACCUGAAAACCCAGGUGGUUCCCAGGGACCCACACGGUCAGAGGGAGAACCAAUGCCGUACGUUCUCUGAGUUUCCGCAGCACAUGUGUGCAUGGAGACACAGAUAAAUAUAUAAAUAAAUGAAGAUAAAAAUCCUCAAAUAAAUGAAGAUAAAAAUCCUCUCCAACACCAAAAAAAAAAAAUCCUCUCCAACCUUCACAGGUGACCAUAGAAACAAACACCCUUGCUAAGGGCUACAUAAAGACCUGGAUUCAUACUGGGGUAGCUAGUGUUUGGGCAUGUGUGGGAACAGCAACAAACUGCAAGUCCACAUGGGUGGUACAAGUUUGCUAAAGUAUCCUCAGCACUGUUUCUCAGCUUCUUCAGCUAGAGAUACUGGGCCUUUGCUUGUAUUUAUUUGGUUUCAUUAAAGUGUAACUGUAAGGUUAUUUCCCAAA